UCUGCCCAAAAUGUACAUUCUGAGCCAAGGUAUUGCUGAAUUCCAUUGUUUUCUCGGAGCCCGUGAACGCAGCAGGGUCCUCCCAGUCGGAUCCAUCCCCGUGAACGUGACGCUCUGUCUGUCUGUCCCCGGCGGUGCGUCAGUCCAACGCCUCAGCCUCUGUCUCCCUCACCCGCUUCCUUCCAGUCUUGCUUGGAUAUUUUACCGAGAAAUACACCCUUUUGGAGUGGACCACCGCUGUCUGGGGCCUGGAGAUGCGAAAGGCGACCAUGGAUCCCUCGCUGCCCUGCGCCUUUCUCCACUGACGCACGGUCGGAUGCCAUAGCCCGUAGAGGAGGAAAGGGAGGAGGGGCAUCCCAACCAUUCUUCGACCCCGCCAGGUUGACUCACGGUAGCAGCGCCCAAGUUUAAAACAAGUGAAUAGCCAAGGAAGUAUAGGAAGUAACAAAAACAGGAGAAGAGGGAAUAUUGGGUGGUGAGAGAAAGUUGGGGACAGGAGGAACCAGGAAGUGAAGCAGAAAGUGAUUGUGGAAGGGUUUAUUUAUUAAGUUCAGGUGAGAGCAGGAGCAGGUUGGUGGAGGCGGGGUAAGAAUUGAACAGAAAGCGGCCCAGAUAAAGUCAUCACACUGGGAGAAGAGGGCGAGAGGGUGAGGAGACGCCACCAUGAGCGACCAAAACGUCGUCAAGGAGGGCUGGGUCCAGAAAAGAGGAGAGUACAUAAAGAACUGGCGACCGCGUUAUUUUCUGCUAAAGACAGAUGGCUCUUUCAUCGGAUACAAAGAUAAACCGCAGGACUCGGACCUUGCGUAUCCACUUAACAACUUUUCUGUAGCAAAAUGUCAGCUGAUGAAGACGGAGCGACCCAAACCCAACACGUUUAUAAUUCGCUGUCUGCAGUGGACCACAGUCAUUGAAAGGACUUUCCACGUGGACACUCCGGACGAGAGGGAUGAGUGGGCAGAGGCGAUCACGAUGGUGGCGGAGUCUUUGGCGAAACAAGAAGAAGAAGGGAUCCUGUGCAGCCCCACGUCACAGAUCGAGAACGUGAACGAAGAGGAGAUGGACACAACCAUCAGCCACUACAAGAGGAAGACAAUGAACGACUUUGACUAUCUGAAGCUGCUGGGGAAAGGUACGUUUGGGAAAGUGAUUCUUGUGAGAGAGAAGGCAAGCGGCACAUACUACGCCAUGAAGAUACUCAAGAAGGAGGUCAUCAUAGCAAAGGAUGAAGUGGCUCACACACUCACAGAAAGUCGAGUACUAAAAAACACUAGGCAUCCAUUCCUUACAUCAUUGAAGUAUUCGUUCCAGACAAAAGACCGUCUCUGUUUUGUCAUGGAGUACGUCAAUGGAGGAGAGCUGUUUUUCCAUUUGUCGCGGGAGAGAGUUUUCUCUGAAGACCGAACUCGUUUUUAUGGAGCGGAGAUCGUCUCUGCUCUGGAUUACCUACAUUCGGCCAAAAUCGUCUACCGUGACCUCAAGCUGGAGAACUUAAUGCUGGACAAAGAUGGGCACAUAAAGAUCACAGAUUUUGGUUUGUGUAAAGAAGGAAUCACUGACACUGCCACCAUGAAGACCUUCUGUGGGACGCCUGAGUACCUCGCACCGGAGGUGUUGGAGGACAAUGACUAUGGGCGUGCAGUGGACUGGUGGGGUCUGGGCGUAGUCACGUAUGAGAUGAUGUGUGGGAGGCUGCCCUUUUAUAACCAGGACCACGAGAAACUAUUUGAGCUCAUUCUGAUGGAGGAGAUCAAGUUUCCACGCACUCUGUCUGCGGACGCCAAGUCUCUGCUGUCCGGCCUGCUCAUCAAGGACCCCAACAAACGACUCGGCGGAGGACCGGACGAUGCAAAGGAGAUCAUGAGACACAGUUUCUUCAACACAAUUGACUGGCAGGACGUCUACGACAAAAAGCUGGUCCCGCCCUUCAUGCCACAGGUUUCCUCGGAGACGGACACACGCUACUUCGACGAGGAGUUCACAGCACAGACCAUCACCAUCACCCCGCCAGAGAAAUAUGACGAGGAUGGCAUGGACGCGGCGGACAACGAGCGGCGACCUCACUUCCCUCAGUUCUCGUACUCUGCGAGCGGUCGUGAGUGACUCCUGCUCCUGUGCUCCAGAGGAAAACACGUAGCCAUUUUAGGAAAAGUACCAGUGUCCGCUGUUUUUCUCCUCCUCCUCUCCAGUGGACGGAGAAGAGUCUUUUUAGGGACUUUAAAGAGGUUUUUGCACAGUGGGAUAGCCCCACACUAAAAAAUAUCUCUCCUACAUUUUCCGCGCUAUUACAGCAGAAGGCAAUGUUUUUGUUAUUUAUUUUUGUCAGUAUUAAGUUAAGUCCAUCUUUCUGCCCCUGUUUUUUCUUGUUGUUCUUUUUGACUUUUUGCACUUGGUUUGAAAGAGCCGUUUUUAGGGAACAAAAAACCAAAAAUGUUGCCUUACAUGUGCAGAUGUGUAUCAUACCAACAGGGUGAUAACUUUGGGGGCGGGGGGAAUGUUUUUUGGGGGGUAAGUGCAUGGCUUGUGGUUCACUUGAUUAACUAGAAGAAAAAAAGAAAGAAAAAUCUGAAAAUUAUGAAAAAUGACGAAAAAUAAUUAGUCAUGGGUCACUGUCUGCUGUCGAUGGAGAAGUGAAUGAUGGAGUCCCUUCAUUGUGGACGUGUCGUGUUUUUGAACAACUUUUAUUUUAAUGGUUUAGUUCAGCUUUAUAUGGGCUUGUAUUGUGUCUCAAUUGAAGUCUAAUGCCACUACAAGUCAUAGUUAAUAAUACUGCAUUUAUUUAUACACUAGGUCUGCACAAUAUAUUGCAAUCUAAUCUAAUCGCAAUUUAAGUUAAGUCUAGAAAUUGCAAACGCUGAAAUUAUUUGGAUAAUAGAAUUUGAAAUGUUGUACUAGUUUUCCAGGAGUUGUUUACAACGUGUACCUUAAAAUAAUAAUACUUUUAAAAGUUGUACUUGUAUAUAGAACUUAAUCUAAUUGCAAUACUUGUCAGAAAAAUCUGAAGUAGAUUAUUUUCCAAAAUUGUGUAGCUCUAACACACACAUUCCAUGCUUCAAUGGCUAUUGGGUCAGGAAUACCUAGCUGGUGUAUUGGCUUACUUUAUGGUGGAGCUCAUUACAGAAAGGCCUGGGAAUCUGGGAAUCUAACUGGCGAACGUCUAGUUGUGAGGCGUUUGAUACAGUCCUAUAAGAAAGCUGAAUUAGACCAUAUAUGUCUCUGUUACAUGUGUUUGUUUGUGUACAACAAUAACACUAAACUGCCAGUUACUGCACAGUUCACUCAGGAUCCAGAGCACAACCUCAUUCACAAAAAUAUAUUUCCACAGUUUCUCAGCUUCAUACAACUUUUACCUCUUCAUUAGUCUCUAUAGUUACCAAAAUAUACUCUAUUUAUAGCUACAGUUAGGCAUGGGACAGUAUUAUGUUUCAAUGGAAAAGAGGACUUGGAAUUAGUAAAGAGGUCUAAAUUAUCUUAACCCAAAAUGCACUGAAAACAAAAACAUUUGUAUGUAAAAAUGUUUUAAACGUUGUAGUUGGUGGUUGGUCAAAACGUCAGCCAUAUUGAAGUGAGAUUUCUCCAUAUUGGCGUCUCCAGCAACAUUUUAUUGCAUCCUGAAAACACUUAAGUAUUUUUACAUGUAUUGAGAGUAAAAGCUUUAUUCACUGCCUAAACAGACCUUCCUGUAUUCAAUUAACAGUUGGUACUGAGAAUGCUGAAUAUUAAGACACUAUCACGUACUAUUUUACCCCCACCUUGAGACUUUUUAUUGCCCCAUGCCUAAUGUGUUACUCAAAUCUAUAAGUUGCUAGCUUAAAAUGUUUAACUUGUCAACUUUUUUCUUAUAAGCUUACAUUGGCUGCUAAUCUACCCUACAUAAGCAACAACUCUUAGCUCCAUAUACUUUAGCUGUAUCUUUUCGCAUGUCAUCAGUGCAUAUUAUACCUCCAGGCUUUCAUACAGCAUACAUUUCUUGCAGAAUUUGUGACAAUUAUUUUUUUUCUUCACUGCCUACAGAAAUGAAACUGUCCUCUUUCUCCUUGUGGCUGUAGGAAUUAGUGGAAAUCCGUUCACACAGGGAUCAGUGGUGUAAUGUAUGUUUGUAAUGUUACUGUUCAGUGGCGCAUGGGGCCAACUCUGUAUGCUGUCAUCAUAGCACAUAGCUCGUACUUUGGCAUCUCAGCACUUAAAGGGAAUUCAAUUGUCUCAUGUUUAAAGUCAAAUAUAGACAGUAGAGAAAAUGGCAGAAAACAAAUGUGUUUUUUAGUUAGAGAUGCACUAUGUAACUUUUCUAUUUGAGUCUGCCACCUGCUUGUCUCUUUGGAGAUGUUAUUACUUGGCCUCAGAUGUUCUACAGUUCUGCAUUAAUCUAAUCUAUCUUGCAUUUAUUAUUUAGCUGUAUUUAUUACCUGAUACCUUGGAAAACAUGCAUUCUUACUCUGCAGAUCUGACCUCUAACUUAGCCUAGUGGCGGAUUGGUGAAUUUUAUGGCAGAUUAUGGAACCAUUCCAGGAAAAAUAACAUUUUCAUGGAGACAAGCAGAAAAAGACUACAAUUGGGCAAAAAUACAAUUAUGGUAUAAUUUGCUGGUAAAUGUAGUAGACUGAACUAUCUGCUAUUGAAUUGUUUCUCUACCGUCUAAUAAAAAACUCACUUAGAUGCUCAAACGUUCAAACCUGAAAUAUAAAAAAAAUAUAUUUAAAUAAAUAGCACUUUUAUUUCCAUUAUUAUGAUCAGUUAAGUAGCUGGGAUGUUCCAUUGUCAGUAUUACAUGAAUGAAUUGCUGAUCAUGUGACUUGAGAAAACUGAGCCGAUGUGUUCGAGGACUGUGGGAAAUUCCUAUAACGCCCCAUUUUCUUGUCAAUGUAAAUAUGCAAUGCCUUUUAGUUCUGUUCAUUUGUUUUUUUGUGACAUCUUUGACUGGCGUGUUUAUGUGCGUGACUGAAAAUAACAAGUUAAAAAGGAGAGAGACAGAUAUUGUACACGUUUAUUUUAUGUUUUGGGGAAUAACUUGGGGACUUUGUAUCACAAUGUUGUUCCUUCCUACCCUCCCCUUCGAUGCCGCGAAAGCCGUACAAACUUUAUACCCUUGAACUUGAAAAAAUAACAAAAAGACAACGGCAAAGUGCGGCCAUAUUGAUUUUUUGCAGUGCUGGUUCAUCGGGUCCAUUCCAUAACUUUUGUACCAUAGUUUAAGUUUGUCAUCUUCUAGACAGUGUUUUCUCUAUGUCGUUUUAAAAUGGCACCUCCUGAGUGAAAGUCAAUGGAUGAAGAUGAUGAUGUUGGAUGCAUUAACUAAGUCUUUUUUGUUUUGUUUUAUUUUUGGGGAUUGUCUGUUUGUUCGUUGCUUGUUUGUUUUCUUACCAAAACAUUAGGGCAAGAACCCAGUAGUGGACUUGCAUUGCCGUGGUAGUAUUUAUUUUGAAUUAAAUUAAAAGGAAAUACAUUUCA